AUGAAUCAAUCAAACGGUUCAUCAGUACAAACUGAAAUCUUCCCAUCUGAAAAUAUAAGAUCGUAUACAAGAUAUACAAAAAGAUAUACUGACAUCAUGUUAGGCUGUUUCGUUGUAGGUAAAGAUAAGGUUUUUAUCAUCGAAACUGAUAGAAUCAAAACCAUUUCACAACUCAGGAAUAGCAUCAAAGUCUACAAGAAGAACGUGUUUAAAACUUUUGAUGCCAACCAAAUUACAUUAUGGAAAGUCGAUAUUCCUGUAAUGAAGAAGCUAAAAAUUAAUACAGAUACUAAUAUUGCUCAAAAUUUUGGAGCUGUGAAGUUAAAAGAAGAUUUUGAUACUAUUGAAGAGUAUUUUGGCACAAACCCCACUGCAAAACACAUCCACGUCAUUGUCUACCUCCUACUGCCUGACACCACUGUGCAAAUUAUCCUUAAAUUGCCAGACCAUAUCAACACAGAUAUAUACUCAUCAGAACCAUAUUCCAAGUACAUGAGAGUUGAAGGGAACGAAAUUGUUCUGGGUGAACAUAUAAUGUUAAAUUUACAUAAUGAGCUAAUACUUGAUAAUGGUGAACCCAUGGCAGACAAUAUCACAAUGAAUUCUGUAGAAAAUAAUGAGCUAAUACUUGAUAAUGAUGAACCCAUGACAAACAAUAUCACAAUGGAUUCUAUGAUUGAAGAGAUUGAAAAUGAUCGUGCUAUAAGUGAAAAAAAAGAUGAUAGAAAAAAAGGAUGUAUUAUAAUUGGAUCACCUGACAUUAGCAAAACACAUUUUUCGUCAAAAAACAUGGAUGUAAUCAAAUAUCCUCAGGGUUUAGGAGGCGAAUUCCCAAUAAAUAGUUUCUAUAUUACUGAUUCUGUAAUCCCUUCUUUAUGUACAACAAAAUUCACAUUUCUAGUCACAGUACCAAAAAAUGAUCUCUGGCAUGAAUUUGCUAAACACUGUGUUUGGAAAUAUUAUGCACCGAUUUGGAUAGAUUGGGAGAUUUGGAAUGUUUGGGAAUGGGAUAAAAGGGAUUAUAAGCAUAAAAUACCUAAAGAGCAAUGUGAUGCUUAUAUGUACCUUAGAAAUGAUGGAGGAGAUUUAAAAGAUAAUUCUUCUGGGAAAGCUAUACAUAUUUAUCCCAGUUCUGAUUUUAAAAAUAAACAAUAUGUUAUCGCUUUAAAAGAAAUACUUAAGGCUUUGUAUGAUCACUAUGCAAAGAACACAAAAGAUAUAAUUAUUAAUGUAAUCAAAAAUUUUGCAAAGACUGGUCCAUUAGCUGGCAAACUCUUUGAAUUGUUAGCUCAUGAUAUCUUGCAAAAAGGUGGAAAAUUUAAGGUGCGACGUUUAACUAAAGAUAUCAAUGAAGACUCUGAAAAACUGCCUGUUGAAGAGUUAACACUUAAGGGGUUAACGCACAAACAGUUUCGUAAAAUUGAUGAAAUAUCUUCAGAGUGUUAUAACAUUUCCGAUAGUCCUAAUUUUAAAUCUAUUGAUUCUAUUGCGCCUGAUUGUGAUGGAACUCAUUAUUUAUAUCAGAUGACAAUUGCAGAUAAACAUAGUAUCAAGGUAAAAAGUCUCAGCGAAUUGGAAAGUAAAAUAAAUGAUUAUCAACUAAUCAAUCUAUAUUUUGUUGUCCCGAAUAUAAAUGAUCUGUUUGAUGAUUUUUGUGAACAGAAGUAUGUUACAACAGCAGAUACAGAAUAUAUAGGAUGGGAUUAUACAACAUCUUGGAUUAAGCAAAAUUUGACUCAAUAUGUUCUUAAGAUCAAUUUGUCAGAUUUUUAA